AUGUCCGACGAAGUCUCCCAGUUCCUCGAGCAGGUCGAACGCCUGCGAGGCCAGCAGAUCGAAGAAGACGAGGUGCGAGCCCGUGAGCUCGAGGAAUACCUGGCUGCCAAGCGAGAGAGGCAAGCCCGUCGUGAAGAACGUGCCAGAUCCAUCUCGCCGCAAAAGUCCUCACCCGCAAACACCCCGUCUCCACGCUCCAGCCGACGCAGCAUACACCUUUCUGAGGCAUUGAAGCUCGAGUCCCCUGUCGUUCCCAAGGACGAAGGCUCCCCUCAAACGCCAGAGCCCGAGGCCAAGCUCGAGACCCCCAUGGUCCCCCCCGACUCCUCGCCCACCAAGGAGAACGAGACACCCCUCGACGUCGACACCAAGUCUCCUACAACAGCAGCGACACCACCCGCCCGUUCGUCUACGCUGUCGUGGCAGCGCCGGCCUAGCUCCCGCAGCGGCGCCGCCCGUCCCCUGAGCAUGCUCGCGACCCAAAAUGCGACCCAGCGGUCGCUGGCCGGGUCGCAGGAUGCCGCACCUGCUCCCGCCUCUGCCACCGAGCAAGCCUUUUCCAAAGACCAGAUCGCCCAGGCACUCGGCUCGAAAGAUCCCUCGUGGUUCCGUCAGACGGCUGAUCGGGGAGCAAGCUCUGCUGCUUACCGAAAGAACCAGGUUGAAGACGAGGAUCGUCUAGAUAUGGCCUCCGUCAAGGCCCAGCUGCCAGGCAUGACAUCCGAUCAACCCAAGCCUAGCCCGCCUGUCGAGGAGACCCCUUCUCCUACCAAGAUGCGUUUGGCAAGCCCUCCGACUCUCAAUCCUCCAGGCUUCGAUGGCCCAGGUGACGACAAGCCAUUGGUUGACCGCUUUGCGAGGACCCCUUCAGGCCGCACAUCCCCUAUCCGGUCUAACUCUCGGUCCAACUCGCCUACCAAGGGUGUAGGGGGCUUCGUACAGAGCGCCAUGAUGAAGAGGUCCGACAGCGUCAAGCGAUGGAGCGUAACGAGUCCCCCAGGCUUAGCCCGUGGUGACUCAAUAGCCUCAAGUCGAAGCACUGGGCUGCCCGGAACUGGCCGACCUCAGAGCAUGGUGCGCCCUGGAUCUACUACGCCAAGCUCGAGCCGACCUACGUCACGAAAUGGGGAGUCGGAGAUCGAAACCACACCGAAAGCUCCCACAAUCGACAGCGCCCUGGAAUCCAAGACCCCUAAGGCUGGGGAAGAAAGGAUCCACGUUCCAACGAGCCCAUCCAAGACAAUGGAUCCUCGACGGUGGAGCCCGACCAAGUCUAGCUGGCUGGAGAGUGCUUUGAAUAAGCCCGAGUCACCCAAGCCUCAGCACAGGUCAAACACGUCGCAGCCCGCGUGGAUGGCGGAGUUGAACAAGAACAAGGCCGAGAAAGCCAACAAUCCUGCAGAAGGGACCCGUCCUCGGCCAGGAUCCAUCUCUCACAAGCAUCAGGUUAGCAUCGGUGGGCUUAUGAGGUCUACGCCGGUGGGAUCUGUUGCAAGGCCCAAUACCCCUGGCCUGGGCGGUAUCUACUCUCCUCCUCCUGGUGGCAACCGACCUCCUUUCGGCCAUGGCGCUAGCAAGAGCAUCUCGAAGAUUGCCCCUAAGCUUGAGCCAGCAGGUGCUGAAGAGAAGGCGGUAGAGCCUACCCCUGAGCCUGUUCCUGAGCCUGAGCAUGAACCGGUGCCAGAUCCUGAGCUCACAGCAGAGGAGAAGCAGAAGCUUCACGAACCGGAGCAUGAGGAGGUUACAAGUCCUAGCGAGACCAAGCCCCCUGCACCCAUGCCAAAGCCGAAGCCUGAGACGCCGCCUAAGAAGGACUUUCGCGGCAGCUUGAGGCAUCGACCAACUGGCUCCGAGGCGCCAAAGACAAACGAGCCCGAGUUCAAGAACGUGUUUGGCAACCUCCGCAGGACCAAGACUCAGAACUACGUAGCCCCGGAUGAGCUCAAGAAUAACAUCUUGCGGGGCAAGGCCGCGCUCAACCAAACAGGUGGUCCCCAAAAGACGGAGAGGGUAGAUGAAUUCAAGGAAGCCAUCUUGAAGAAGAAGGAUGACUUUAAGAAAGCUCAGGCAGAAGGCAAGGGCAUCACCAGAAGCAACACCAUGACUGCCGAGCAACCCCUGCCCGAGGGACUCGCACGACGAGCCGAGCUGGCCAACAAGAGAAAAUCAGUCAUGGAUCUGAAGUCGGCUGCUGCGCCAGGUAGGCCAGAGUCGCCAAAGCCGGUUCCUGGUCCCAAGAGGAUGCAAAGUACACCAUCUCUCUCGCCGAAGCCCACUGUGUCGCCUAAGCCUUCACCAAAGCCCGCCGCCGUCCCGUUUUCUGCUGAGCACUCGAACGAAGGCCUCAAGCGGGUAUCAACAGAAUCCAGCGCAAAGCCAGAGGAGCCAAGAGCCUUGCCGAUCUUGCAGAAGGAAACGAGUGCCCCCUCUAUACUGCAGGGACGUGUAGGAGGUGUAGGAGGUAAGCUUGCUGGCCGGUUCAGCCCAGCUCUGGCUGGUAUGCUUGCGCGAGGCCCCCCUCCCAUGGCUACCAAUGGGGGAGCCAGUGAAGAAUCUGGCUCAAAGGGUGCUUCUGCAUCAACCACAGAGCCAUCUGCGCCUGGCCCACAGUUGACACAUAUGACAAAGGGUCGAGCGAGAGGACCUAGGAGAAAGGCGCCGACCACAGCCGCCCCUGCAGCUGCCCCAGCUACUGAGUCCAAGUCUGUGCCCAAGGAGAGCCCAAAGCCCAUUGAGGCACCUGUCGAGCCUGUUAAGGAGGCCCCCGUGAAGGAAACCCCUGCUCCCGCCCCUGUGGAAAAGACUGAAGAAUCAGUCUCUGGUCCCUUCUCUAUCCGGCAGCAAGUCGCUGCCAAGGCGGCCCUCCGUGGUAGACCUACUCCUGGUGCUAAGCCUCAGGAGAAAGAACCUGCCAAGGGCUUCCAAAGCCUUGAGGAGCGAGCUCCCGCAUUCCUCCGCAAGCAAACAUCUCCCACUGAGCCUGCUUCUGGCGACUUCCCGUCUCCCCUUAGAAUCCAGAAGACCGGUGAUGCCGCUUCGCAGCCCAACUCGCCCAAGAAGCUCGACACGAAGCGCAUGUCGAGGUUCUUUGAUGAAGCUGGAUCCAACGGCGCAAAGCUGGAGUCUGCUAAGGAGCCUGUCAGGUUGACUCACCAGCGAACUGGCUCCAGGUCUCCUGUCAAGAUGUUCCAGCGCCCUCUGCCGGAGCCCGAGCCGUUGUCGCUCACAAAGGUUGACAGCGACCCUGUCGUGUCGGUCAAGAACGCCAGAGCCAUGUUUGGCGGUGCUGCUCAGUCACCACCACCACCUUCAAAGCCCUCUUUCGAUGGGGCUGAGCCUGAGGUGACCAAGACACCAACAAGGACACCUCGUGCCCUUCCUGAGGUCGAACGUUCGUCUCCACUCCAAAUCAACAAGACACCAUCUCGAGUGGCUAACCGCCCUCUGCCAACUCCUCCAGCUAAGGAACCCCAGACUCCCAAGGCCCAGCAAACCACCUCGGCGGCCGCAUCGCCCAAGCCCAAGCAAGGCAACGAUGUGGCAAGUCUGCUCAGCGACUUCUUCGGCCCAAAGCAGCCGAGGACCGAGUACAAGGUGGACACUGCAUCGAUUCUCAUGAACCGCCCACCGACAGGGCCUGCUAAGAUCCAGAGUCUGAGCUUCCAGGUGUUCCAGAUCUCGGCUGAAGGCAGGAAGUCGCCGGUUGCUUCGCACUAUGAGCGCGUGCUGUUUGAGCGAGAGAUGUACAUCGCCCCGCAUAGCUUCACCAAUGAGGCUGGCUGGAAGCGGCUGGAGAUUUACUUCUGGGUUGGUGACCAAGUGCCCGAGGCUGCAGCUGACGAUGCUCUCCUGUUUGUUCAGAAGGAAGCCAAGGCCCUUGGUGGAAAGCUGGUCAAGAUGCAGCAGGGCAAGGAGACGACCGAGUUCCUCCAGGCGCUCGGCGGUGUUGUCAUGGUCCGACGAGGUUCGAGCAACAAGUACGACUCGCUGGCACCCAACAUGCUGUGUGGCCGACAAUACCAGGGUCAGGUCUCGUUUGACGAGUGCGACUUUACCCCAGCUAGCCUUUGCGCGGGAUUCUCGUACCUCAUCACCAACCAGGGCAAGGCCUACCUCUGGAAGGGUCGCGGCUGUGAUGUGGCCGAACUUAGCGCGGCACGACUCAUUGGCAUCGAGCUCACGCUGACUGGGGAGUUGAUUGAGGUCGAUGACGGUGAAGAGCCCGAGUCAUUCUGGGCGCUAUUCGAGGGAGGAUCCAAGCCGCACUCGGCUGACCACUGGCGACUCAAGCCCAACUAUGCCAAGUACUGCAGCAGACUCUUCUGCUCGGAUGCAGAUACACGGCAGCAGGUCUUUGAGAUCUCGCCCUUCAACCAGCGUGACCUCUCCCCUGAGCAAAUCUACGUCCUCGACGCCUUCUUUGAGAUGUACAUCAUCGUCGGCGCCCGUGCCCAGUCCCGAUAUGCAUCCUUCCGCAACGCUCUUGACUUUGCGCAAGAGUACGCCAUUCUUGCCUCUGGCAUGGAGGACCGCCCCUUUGUCCCCAUCUCGACAGUUGUGCUCGAGGGCAUUCCUCGGGACCUGAAGCGAGUCUUCCGCUUCUGGCGCGAUGACCUUAGCCCUACGGCAACCCACAGCGGCAACGCAUCAGCUGCUCUUGGCACACCGAGGCGCGGUCGGAGCUUGAGAGUGGUGUCGCUGACACAGGCGCUGCAGGCACUUAGCGAGUGA